ACCAAAUAACCGAACACGUGCGGCCAUAACCUAAGUUGACGUUUCCCAAGAUUACACAAAAAAUAAUUAUCAAUUAUUAGUUAUUACUCGUUAACUACAAAGUUUGUUUUUCGUUGUUAAGCUAAAAAAAUGGCUUUAUACAAUUUCAAGAAAAUCGCCGUCGUCCCUUCAUCCAAGGACUUCAUCGAUAUUAUCCUCUCCAAAACACAACGUAAAACCCCCACAGUAAUCCACAAACAAUACAAAAUAACAAGAAUCCGCAACUUUUACCUCCGGAAAAUAAAAUUUACUCAACAAAAUUUCCAUGAUCGACUGACACAAAUCCUCACCGAAUUUCCAAAACUGGACGAUGUACAUCCUUUCUAUGCCGACUUAAUGAACGUCUUGUAUGACAAGGAUCACUACAAGCUAGCUCUUGGCCAAAUUAACACAGCCAAACACUUAAUUGAUAAUGUCGCUAAAGACUACGUCCGUUUAAUGAAAUAUGGGGACUCGUUGUACCGCUGCAAGCAACUAAAACGGGCCGCUUUAGGCCGCAUGGCAACCAUCAUGAAGAGACAAGCGUCUAACUUAACGUAUUUAGAGCAAGUCCGGCAGCACUUGGCUCGUUUACCGUCAAUUGAUCCAUACACCAGAACCAUGAUAGUUUGCGGAUUCCCAAAUGUGGGGAAAUCUAGUUUUAUGAAUAAAGUCACAAGGGCUGACGUAGAGGUGCAGCCUUAUGCUUUCACAACUAAAUCAUUAUAUGUUGGACACAUGGAUUACAAAUAUUUGAGGUGGCAAGUUAUUGACACCCCUGGAAUUUUAGAUCAUCCACUGGAAGAAAGAAACGUUAUUGAGAUGCAGGCGGUGACAGCCCUUGCACAUUUACGAGCUUGCGUUUUGUAUUUUAUUGAUCCAUCUGAACAGUGUGGGCACAUGUUAGAAGAACAAGUAAAAUUGUUUGAGUCGAUUAAACCUCUUUUUACAAACAAACCGUUAAUUGUUGUCGCUAAUAAAUCAGACAUAGUUCAGAUUGAUGAUCUACCCCCAGAGAAACAGAGCAUUGUGCAGAGAUUGAAAGAUAGCGAUGAAAUAACAAUGAUGGAAAUGUCUACAAUUACCGACUCUGGCGUCAUGGAGGUGAAACAAGAAGCAUGCGAGAAGCUUUUAAGCUUCAGGGUUGACCAAAAAAUGCGAUCAAAAAAAGUCGACGGUUUGCUCAACAGAGUCCAUGUUGCUGUACCAAAACCUAGAGACGACAAAUCGCGACCACCUUGCAUACCAGACUCUGUUCUCGAGAAAAGACAGACCACUGGUUCACGCAAGCGCAAACUUGAACGUGACAUCGAACUCGAAGAAGGUGACGAUUACGUGCUUGAUCUUAAAAAGACAUACGUUGAAAUACCGGAAGAGGAACGCCACGAUAUUAUUCCUGAAAUUUGGGAAGGUCACAAUAUCGCCGAUUAUAUCGAUCCAGAGAUUUUCGACAAGCUCGAGGCUCUAGAACGUGAGGAAGAUCUACAAGAACAAGCUGGAAUGUAUGUCAUUCCCAAAAUCGAGCUGACAGAAACGAUGCGAGAGAUUAAAGCUCUAGCGCUGCAGAUUAGGAACAAGAAGGCGAUUAUUAAGGAUGAGGCUAGGGUUAAUAAGCAGUCUAGAAAACCGGUAAUGCCAAGAACGGCUAGACCGAAGAUUAGAGCUAGAUCUGUGUCAAAAUUGAAGUCUGAUAUGGAGGAAUUGGGUGUUGAUAUGAGCGGUUCCAAGGAUGCUCAUUUCACGAAGACGAAAGGAAGGAAUAAGUCGAUGGAACCGGUAGGUAAGAGGAUGAAGAUGGACGUUGAUAAGAAUCAGUCGACGAGUUUGGCGACUAGAAAUGUGGGAGCGCUAAUGAAACGGCCUAGGAAUGAGUUGGGAGUUAAAGAUCCAGCGAUGAGAAAGAAAUUAGCCAAGAUAGCACAUCGCGCUAUUAGUAAGAAGGUUAAGAAAUAUGGUCUUAAGGGAGAAGCUGAUAGGUUUAUUGGUAACAAAAUGCCUAAACAUCUCUUCACCGGAAAACGUGGUAUCGGUAAAACCGAUCGUCGUUAAUUUUUUAUUAAGUACUAUGUAGUUUUGCGUUUUGUUUUAUGCAAGAAGUGUGAAAUUAUUAAGUUUGCAGUGUAAUUAUUUAUAUGGUUUUUUAAUCGUGGUAACACUACUAUGUAACAUAUGAUGAAUAUAACUAUACAAGUGA